AUGACCGGCGUCUUCGACAGGCGAGUCCCCGCCAUCCGCGCCGGCGACUUCCAGGCGCCCUUCCCCGGCGCCGCCGCCGCCGCCAUGCACCACCCGCCCCAGGAGUCGCCCACCCUGCCCGAGUCCUCGGCCACCGACCCCGACUACUACGGCUCCCCCGGGGGAGCCCCGCACGGCUACUGCUCGCCCUCCGCGGCGUCCUACGGCAAGGCGCUCAACCCUUACCAGUACCAGUACCACGGCAUGAACGGGUCCGGGAGCUACCCCGCCAAAGCCUACGCGGACUACGGCUACGCCAGCCCUUACCACCAGUACGGAGGGGCUUACAACAGGGCGCAGAGCGCGGCUCAGCCAGAAAAAGAGGUGGCCGAGCCCGAGGUGAGGAUGGUGAACGGCAAACCAAAGAAAGUGCGCAAACCAAGGACUAUUUACUCCAGUUUUCAGCUGGCGGCCUUGCAAAGGAGGUUCCAGAAAACCCAGUAUUUAGCUCUGCCGGAAAGAGCCGAGCUGGCUGCGUCCUUGGGGCUGACCCAGACACAGGUGAAAAUCUGGUUCCAGAACAAAAGGUCCAAGAUCAAGAAGAUCAUGAAGAACGGCGAGAUGCCCCCGGAGCACAGCCCCAGCGCCAGCGACCCCAUGGCCUGCAACUCCCCCCAGUCGCCUGCCGUGUGGGAGCCGCAGGGCCCCGCCCGCUCCCUCAGCCACCACCCGCACGGGGCCACCUCCAACCCGUCGCCCGCCUCCGCCUACCUGGAGAACUCCUCGUCCUGGUACCCCAGCGGGAACUCCCUCGGCGGCCACCUGCAGCCCCACGGCUCCCUACAACACCCCUUAGCCCUGGCCUCGGGGACCAUCUACUAGGCCGGCGG